AUGGACCAACAGCAGGGAAGGGGUCGUUCCCCCUCUGCUGCCGCACAUCAGCAACAGCCUCAUAUAAACCAAAGCCACUCGCCUUCACCCGCCCGACCAUACCCUGCAGAAGCCUCAAACAUCGGCCUGGGUAUUGAUUUGGAAUCUCAAGCACAGCCCUUUGCCGCCGGCACCUCGGACUACUCCACCUAUAACGGCAACAACUUCCUUGACCCUCAGCAGGGCCAGUCCUUCUCGGGGGACCCGUCGUUUCAGAGCUUCACAGCACAGCUGGAGGGAACCAACGACCUCUCGUCCUUCGCGCAACAACAGCAGCAGGUGCCCCAGCACACCGUGGCCAACAACUUCCAGGACGACUUCACCAUCUUCCCGUCCACCACGGGAGAGCAGCAGUACGGCACCUCGCUAUUCGCCGGCGACCCGGGACUCAACCCGGCCCUUGGCGGUCCGGACAACAGCAUGGCAUCGGCGCAACCUCACCACAGCCCCACCCCACCUCAUCUUCUGAACCAGGAGCCAACGUCAGCCCCGUCAGCGCACCACUCCCCCAACUUCAACCAGCACCAGUUUGCGCAGCGCCCGAGAGGCCACUCGCGCAACGCGUCCCUCGGCGUCGAGGCUGCCCUGCUUCCCGGCCAGGACUGGAGCAACGUGCCUCAGUUCCAGUCGCACAGGAGGAGCCCCUCGGAAUACUCCGACGUGUCGUCAGUCGGCCACUCGCCGAACCUGAUCGCCAACGACAGCUUCGACCAUAUGGACCCGAGCCAUUCUCCCAUGCAACGCCCUCAGGACCCAGCUGUACUCCAGGAACUUCACGGCAUCGGCAGCUUCACCAUCUCUGACAGAGGCCGCAGCCCGUCUCACAGCCCUGCCAUCUCUCCCCGGAUACUCCCCCAGCAGCAGAUGGCCGACGUCACUCAACACGGCUUCACCCUCGGAAGCAAUGGCUUCGUCGGUGCUCCGCCCCAACAGUACGGUCUGCAGGCCCCCGAGGCUUUCCCUCAGCUCCAGCAGACUAGUGCGCCUGGCGAAGCAGCGCAGAGCAUGCCGCAACUAGCGGCCCCUACUAUCAACAUCGACUACGCCCCACCACCAGUGCGGAGCAACUUUGAUGGCAGAUCGUCGAUGGAUACUGAUGCUCUGACACCUCCUGAACGAGUGCCCAACAAUGUGAUCGCGCUUCGCCUCGUGGAGGGCGAGGGCAGCCAGGACACUUCCGGAGGCCCCAAACGUGUGCAGAAACACCCUGCGACUUUCCAAUGCUCUCUCUGCCCCAAGCGCUUCACCCGUGCGUACAACCUGCGCUCUCACCUGCGCACCCACACCGACGAGCGGCCCUUCGUGUGCACUGUCUGCGGCAAGGCUUUUGCGCGACAGCAUGACCGGAAGCGCCACGAGGGCCUUCAUUCAGGAGAGAAGAAAUUCGUCUGCAAGGGUGAUCUCAAGGCUGGCGGACAGUGGGGCUGUGGAAGGCGCUUUGCACGUGCCGACGCGCUUGGACGGCAUUUCCGGUCUGAAGCCGGCCGUAUCUGCAUCAAGCCACUCCUCGAUGAGGAGAUGAUCGAGCGGCAACGCCAAUGGGGCGAGCAGCGACUAGCGGCACAGCAGGCCGCCGCUGCACAACAUCAGCAGAUGGCAAUGGGCGGUCUAAUGGCACCGCCGGCCCUCGAGAACCCAAGCUACCCAUCUGCAGGCGGAUACAUGCUUCCUCAGGCGCUGUUGGCGCAAUACCCAGCGUUGGCCAACAUGGACUGGGGCGCAGCGAACAUGCAGGGCGACGUGAGCGACAUGGGAGACGACCUCAGCGGUCGGUCGAGCUUCGAUGCGUCUGACCUUGAAAAUGAGAAUGAUGACGGCUAUGUUUCCGGGCCAGGGACCGGUUUUGGCCCUGGCGGCAUGACUGAGGGUUUCGGCGAGAUUGGCUAUGCCAGUGACUAUGGCGGCCGCUAA